AUGAGUAAAGCCUAUGACAGAGUUGAAUGGAAUUUUCUCGAAAAGCUCCUCUUAAAAUUGAGGUUUGUAGGAAGAUGGGUUGACACUGAGAUGGACUGUGUAACAACAGUUUCCUACUCUUUCAUUGCUAAUGGUGGUGUAUGUGGUUCGGUGACUCCAUCCCGCGGUCUUAGACAGGGAGACCCUUUAUCUCCUUAUAUAUAUAUUCUUGUUGCCAAUGCUUUUUCUGGUCUUCUGAGGAAAGCAAUGGUUGAUGAUUCUCUCCAUGGAGCUAGAGCUAGUCGUAAGGUUCCAGAAAUUUCUCACUUACUUUUUGCAAAUGAUAAUCUUCUUUUCGCAAGAGCUAACCGAAGAGAAUGCUCGAAAAUAGUUGAAACUCUCAACAUAUAUGAAGCAGCUUCCGGACAGAAAAUUAACUAUGACAAAUCGGAGGUCUCUUUUAGAAAGGGUGUUUGUACGUCGCUGCAAGAAGAAUUACUUGAGAUUUUGGCAAUGAGACGGGUGGAUUCUUACGAGAAAUAUUUAGUUAUUCCUACUAUUGUCAGAAGAUCGAAGAGGAUGGUUUUCAUGGCUUUGAAAGAUAGGAUAUGGAAGAAAUUGAAUGGGUGGAAAGAAAAGUUGUUGUUCCGGGCUGGAAAAGAAAUUCUCCUUAAAGCGAUGAUUCAAGCUAUACCCAAUUAUUUGGAGUCGAGGUUGGGCUUUGCUUCUAGCUAUUCAUGGCAGAGCAUUUGGUCUUCAAAAACUCUGCUAAAGGAGGGAAUUUUGUGGCGCAUUGGUGAUGGUGCUACUGUUAACAUUUUGUGUGAUCCAUGGAUUGGCAGUGGCACUAGCAGGUUCAUUUCCACUCCAAAAAUAGAUGCUUUUGAGAUAGUGGGAAAGCUAAUUGACCAGGAGAUAAGGGAAUGGAAUGUAGCUCUGAUUUCAAGCAUAUUUAAUGAUCAAGAUACUUGCUGCAUUCUUCCCAUUCCUCUGAGUUCUCGAUCCCUAUCAGACACGGUAACUUGGGCUUUUUCAAUGGAUGGCUUCUACUCGGUGAAAACGGCUUAUAUGCUUGGAAAAUCUUGCAAUUAG